AUGAGACUAACUAGGAUGAACCGGACUACGUUCCACAGAGGGACCCCUAUAGCCAGUUCGAUGAUCAUUGCGAGCGCUUGUGAGAGUAAUGGACCUCUGUUUAGACCGAGCCUUAGCCCUAUGCAGCGGUUGUUGACGGUCGAAACUGUGGACCGGUCGGGUUUAUUUUUUGUAACUCCGCCGAUAUUAAUAGUUAAGGUGUGGGAGAACGGGAACGAUGAGGUUAGUAGUAGCCGCGCUCGUCGCACGCAGCGGCGGGGGAAAGGAGUCGCGAGAGCGAGGGGGAUGGGGAUACUUCGGAUGUCGAGUCUCGAGACUUUUCACCGGCGCUGUCGGAGGGCGGUUUCGUUUCGCGACCGAUGCGAACCGCAAGUUGCAUUCCACGCAAGCUCUCUCGAGCGAAGGUAA